AUGUCGUCUUCUUCUUCUUCUUCUUCUUCUGCUCUCCAAAUCAUCUUCCUGCUCGCCCUUCUCUCCGGAAUCGUCGAAAUGUGCGGAAACGUGGCGACGACGACGACGUCGACCACCAACUCGACCAACUCGACUGCUCGCAAACGUCGUGACGUCUACUCGGCCGACGUCAUCCACAUCGAGAUGCUGACCACUCUCACUGCUGCAGGCGACGUCGAAUUCUCGAGAAUCGAGAACGUCGUCGGACCCGCCUACGGAGAGCUUCUCGCGAAUGCACACAGACAAGUGGCCACCGGCACCGACGGAGGAAGCGUUCUCAAGUAUCUCAUCAACAACGUCGACUGCGGAGAGGCUCAGCUGUGAGUUUAUGCGACUUAUAGUCGAUGCAUACAAACUUGACAAACUACUGUAUAGUCUAGCUUGAGUUUAACUCAAGUUGAAGCUCUUAAUUGAGCUCGUACACAUGAAUAAUGUAUAGUUACGGUCCCAGAACAACUUUAGCAUUUUUACUGUUUCAGGUUCGCCCAAGCGGUCAAGGACACCACUUCUUUCGUGACUGGAGCCACUGUCCGCUGCAACGACCAGAUCACCACUAUCUAA